GUGCUCAACGGUUUUUGUAUGGUCACACUGAUCACUUUGUUGUUUUGCUCUGUUGAAUUUCCAUGAAAAUAAAUAAAUAACAUCUGCAAACAUUUUACGCAAAAUCAAGAACUCGUUCCGACAGCGCAAGAGGAAGAACCGCCCGAGGCAGGCCACGCCCCCACGGUCAGCAGCCCCAAUUUCCGGAAGUUCUGCCAGCUCCUCGAAUUUUGUCCCGCGGAGCACCCAAUUUCCGCGGGAGGAGCACCCGGACUUUAAGGAUUCCAAGGCCACCGCCAUCAAAAUGGAGAGCAACCUGAACAGGAUUAUCCGGGAAUCGGCCAAGCUGAAACUCAGCGGGCAGCUCAGCAAAUACACAAAUGUGAUGAAGGGAUGGCAGCCGCGCUGGUUCACGGUGGACGCCAAGACGGGAUCGCUGAGCUACUACUUGUGCGACUCCUCGACUGUGGGCGAUGACAUAGCUCCCUCGCCACAUGUCCUUGCCAGUGCUCCAAGGGGGCAGGUUCAGCUGGCCGGCGCUGUGGUUUAUCCGAGUGACGAGGACUCCAGGACCUUCGCCAUCGCCUGUGCCUCGGGAGACACGGUCAAACUGAGGGCCAACGAUGCCAGGGCCCGGCAGGAGUGGGUGGAUGGCCUGCGGGCGGUGGUCGAGAGCCACAUGAAGGCCAUGGACAUUAGCAACUCGUCGCCACUUCCGCCGCGGGAGCUGCUCGCCGCCUCCGACGCCAUGGUUUCCGCUCGUCAGGCUCUCUUUCUGACCGAACAAUGCAAUGCUUCUCUGGCCAGGGCCAUCGAGAGCAUCGACUGUGCUUCCUUCUCGCCCACGGACCCCGAUCUCCUCCUGCUCAAGGCGAUCUCGACGGCCAGCACUCAGUGCCUGCAUCAGUGCUUGGGGCUCCUCCAGCGCCACCAGGAGAUCAACCAGCCGCCCCCAGAGGCGGUUCCCCUCGUCCUCUGAGAUCCAAAGAUAAUAAUUCCCAGUAUCCACUUUGAUUUACCCCAAUAAACACCAACAACAAGCCAAA